CUCCUCACCGAAUUAAUUUUGCGGUUCGUUCGAGCCCCGGCAAAGGGCGCUCCAUUUUGGAGAUUUCGCACCUGUCCCUCCGUCGCCAUUUUCCUUCUCCCCUCCACCAACGUCACCUCAGCAGUUGGUGAAAUCCACCCCCGACAACCGCCCUCGUCCGCCCUCCCAUCCACCUCGCCUUCUCCGCCACGCGCCACGAGGGGUUGGGGAAUUACGAGGAGCGUCCCUCCCCGGUGAGUUCGCGGAGGCGAGGGUGGUUUUGGUUUGUGGUUGUAGCAAAUGGAGAUGGAGUCCUCGCCGUCGUCGUCGCCGCCGUCGUCUCCGGCCGGGUCGUCCGACUCCAUCGACCUCAACUUCCUGCCGUUCCUCAAGAAGGAGCCCAAGUCGGAGCCGGCGUCACCGGAGCGCGGCCCCCUGCCGCUGCCUGCGCCCCCGCCCCCGUCCCCGCCGCAGCCGGUGUCGGCGGCGGCUGCUGCGGCCUCGGCGCCUCCGCCACCGGCAACGCCUGACCUGUCGUCCGCGGCGGUGAUGACGCCUCUGCAGUCGCUGCCGCCGAACCCGGAAGAGGAUGCCCUCCUCCGGGAGUACUACCGCCUCGCGAGCCUCUACCUCUCGUCGGCGGGGGCCGGGGCGAUCGUACCUGCGCCUGGGCCGCAGACGGGCCCCCCCGCGAUGGUGCAGCCCGCGUCCGGGUCCGCCGUGAAGAAGCGUCGGCCGCGGUCGUCGGAGCUCGUGCGGGUAUCCUCGCUCGGCGUGCGGGACCAGAUCUACUUCCGCGACCUCGUGCGCCGGGCGCGCAUCACCUUCGAGUGCCUCCGCGGGCUGCUGCUGAGGGACGACGAGCGUGCGGAGGCGCUUGGGCUCCCAGGCGUCGGCGGGGACCGGCGCCGCGUCCGCGCGGACCUGCGCGCCGCGGCCCUCAUGGGCGACCACGACCUCUGGCUCAACCGCGACCGCCGCAUCGUGGGGCCGAUCCCAGGGAUCUCGGUGGGGGACGCCUUCUUCUUCCGCAUGGAGCUCUGCGUGCUCGGGCUCCAUGGCCAGGUGCAGGCGGGAAUAGACUACGUCACCGCAGGGCGGUCUGCCUCAGGUGAGCCAAUAGCCACAUCCAUAAUUGUGUCUGGUGGGUAUGAGGAUGACGAUGACCGUGGUGAUAUACUUGUGUACACGGGCCAUGGCGGCCGUGACCCCAACCUCCACAAGCACUGCAUCGAUCAGAAGCUCGAGGGCGGCAACCUUGCCCUUGAGCGCAGCAUGGUUUAUGGUAUUGAGAUCCGUGUAAUCCGUGCUGUCAAAUUAAGACGCAGCCCUGUCGGCAAGGUCUAUUUCUAUGAUGGCCUCUACAAGGUCAUUGAUUACUGGCUCGACCGUGGCAAAGCCGGGUUUGGUGUUUAUAAGUACAAAAUGCUGCGCAUUGAGGGGCAAGAACCCAUGGGUACUGUGAAUUAUCGAGUAGCUGAACAGCUCAAGGUGGAUGUGUUUGCUGUGCGGCCAACAGGGUAUUUGAGCUUUGAUAUUUCCAUGGGCCGAGAUAUCACGCCAGUUGCACUCUAUAACGAUGUUGAUGAUGAUCAGGACCCACUCUUGUUCGAGUACCUGGCACGCCCAAUAUUUCCAACCUCUGCUGUCCAAGGGAAGUUUGCUGAGGGUGGUGGUGGUUGCGAUUGUGCCGAGAAUUGCUCAAUUGGAUGUAACUGUGCAGGUAGGAAUGGAGGUGAGUUUGCUUAUGAUAAGGCCGGAGUCCUGCUACGAGGCAAACCGCUGGUAUAUGAGUGUGGGCCAUACUGCAGGUGUCCACCUAGUUGCCCCAACAGGGUCAGUCAGAAGGGGCUUCAGCAUAGGCUUGAGGUGUUCCGAUCAAGGGAGACCGGGUGGGGAGUUCGGUCUUUGGAUCUCAUUAAGGCGGGCACGUUCAUUUGUGAGUUUAGUGGGAUUGUGCUUACUCAUCAGCAGUCAGAGAUUGUGGCUGCGAAUGGCGAUUGCUUGGUGCGUCCAAACAGGUUCCCUCCAAGAUGGUUGGAUUGGGGUGAUAUAUCUGAUGUGAAUCCUGAGUAUGUGGCACCAGAUCAUCCUGCUGUGCCUGAGUUGAACUUUACAAUUGAUGUGUCACGGGCGAGGAACGUGGCUUGUUAUUUCAGCCACAGUUGCAGUCCAAAUGUGUUUGUCCAGUUUGCGUUGUUUGAUCAUUACAAUGCUUCUUAUCCCCACCUCAUGAUCUUUGCCAUGGAGAACAUUCCGCCAUUGAGGGAGCUAAGCAUUGACUAUGGAAUGAUCGAUGAAUGGGUGGGAAAGUUAACCAUGUAGCUGGAGUACCUAUUUAGAAGGCAAUACCCUCUUUGUUUUCCCUUUCUUUUUGAAGUUUUCAUAAUGCUUCACUUGGGGAUCAUCAAGGUGACCGCUGACUGAAAUUUCCUGUGCUGUCCAAUAAUGGAGGGUCCAUUUGGGACGACGUACCAGUGCUGGUGGCAGGCACACAUAAGGAGGGCCAAACUCCAACUCAUUGUCAUUGACUGGACAUCCGCCACUCAUUGUAUAUUUUGCGUGAUAACCUCAGUGACUAACCAAUUUCGGAGAGGUACUCGCCUUUGAAACAUGAUGUUUGCUGCUGUUGGACGUUUGUCAUGGCAGGCCCUGAGUUUCAGUCUUAGCCUUCGUUUUACUGCUAUUGCUACCGAACUCCUUAUGUACAUAUAUCUGUAUAUUAUCUAGCUGGAAGUCUGCCCACUUCUGUUGGUAAAUGGUGGUACCACAAGUGGGCCAGCCUUGUCCAGAUCAAGGAACUGAAGAAUUUGCGAAAUGAGGUCUGUAGGAGGAAAUUAUUUGCAGGGAUAGUGUCUAUUUUUGUUUUGCAGAAUACUGCAUUGCUUCCUAUACCAGGUCACUGCGUCUUUCGUUCCGUGGAAAACCAGAGAGCAACAAUGUGGACCUAUCGGUGAUGCUGGGGGCUGGCACUGUCAAGCUACCGGUGUAUUCCGGACAUAGGCGAACUGCUAUUCAGGCUGUGAUGGACAAUUGGAUAUUGUCCUGGUGAUGUAGAAUUUUCCACUCACAAUGAAGGUUGCCUGUUCGGUUAGGCUCCUGCUGUUGCGUCUUCAUCUAUUGUCUUGCUUAGUUGCUCAGGGUCUAAAUUUUAGAGACCGUUGAGCUCAAGUUUUGUCAGGUUAAAGCCCCAUCACGCCAUGAGCCAGCUUGAGAGAUCCUUGAGGUUUACCCAUGAGUAAUCACUGUAACUGAUUGCCAGAUAACGGCAAUAUUAUUCGCACCAUAAUCGGUGUUUGGUUGUUAUUUUGCAGCAA